GAACCCGGGACCACAGUACGGAAACGGCCCGGGGCUGAGCUGCACUCAGAUCCUGGGAUGGAGGGAGCCGGAGAAGAGGAGUGAGAAGGCCGGCAAACAGGCCCCGCUGCCUUGCUGGAGGCCGGCGGCCUGUUGUGACAGUCGAGGAGCUGGCAGUCCAGAAAGGGAAGGGGUCAGGAGGUCGGGCCUGGGCCUCAGCAGGCUCAGGCGAGGCCCACGAAAGCAGUCCCAGGCGCCCUGGAGUUCAGGGCCGUGGCCUCUCCCGAUUGUACAAAGAGGGUCAAGGCCAGGCCUCUAGUGGGGAAACUGAGUCAGACCCAGGCCUCAUGGCACAGCCCAGGGGCGCGUGUGAGCCAAGCUAAGGGCAGGAGACCAAGACGCUUGAGGGUCUCUGAGACUAAGGGGGGUAGGGGGCUUCAGAGCCUCCCAGUCCAGAGCUGGAUUGGCGAGUGAGACGCUUGUAGAUCCGAGGUUGGAUUGGGGAGGGGUCUCUGGGAGGCUGGCCAGCUAGGCAAGGAUUGGGGGGAUUUAAGUGCUUAGAGAUCGAAGGCAGGUCUUGAGGAGGGGUACUCAGACAAUUGAAAAGCCUGGGCGGCUAUUUGGGGAGGGGUCUUCGUGCUUGGACGAGGCGCAGCGCUGCUCCUGUCUGGCUCGGGGUCUGAGGCCUUCUCAAGAGAAGCUGCUGCGAAGGGUGGGCCGACUAGGCCAGGCAAGACCAAGAAAGUGAACAAAUCAGGACUAUCGUGGGCGGGGGGCCCCUGACAGUGGGGUCACAAAGGGUGAGCCAUGGCCACCAGGCGUUUAACCGACGCUUUCUUGUUGUUGCGGAAUAAUUCCAUCCAAAACCGGCAGCUGUUAGCCGAGCAAGUGAGUAGUCACAUCACCUCCAGCCCUCUGCAUUCACGUAGCAAUGCUGCGCUCGCUGACGACCGUAUGGCCCUGGUGUCGGGCCUUAGCUUAGACCCAGAAGCAGCAAUCGGCGUCACAAAACGGUCACCUCCUAAAUGGGUGGACGGAGUGGAUGAAAUCCAGUACGACGUCAGCCGGAUCAAGCAGAAGAUGAAGGAGCUAGCCAGCCUGCACGACCAGCACCUGAACAGACCCACCCUGGACGACAGCAGUGAGCAGGAGCACGCCAUCGAGAUCACGACCCAGGAGGUCACCCAGCUCUUCCACAGGUGCCAGCGCGCGGUGCGGGCUCUGCCCAGCCGGGCACGCCGGACCUGCUCAGAGCAGGAGGAGCGGCUGCUGCGCAACGUGGUGGCCUCGCUGGCGCAGGUGCUGCAGGAGCUGUCCAGCGGCUUCCGGCACGCGCAGGCCGGCUACCUGAAACGCAUGAAGAACCGAGAGGAGAGGUCCCAGCAUUUCUUUGACACGUCGGUGCCACUCAUGGAUGAUGGAGAGGACAACACUCUUUACGACCGGGGUUUCACAGAGGAGCAGCUGGUGCUGGUGGAGCAGAACACGCUGAUGGUGGAGGAGAGGGAGCGGGAGAUCCGCCAGAUCGUGCAGUCGAUUUCCGACCUGAACGAGAUAUUCCGGGACUUGGGAGCCAUGAUCGUGGAGCAGGGCACGGUCCUCGACAGAAUUGACUAUAACGUCGAGCAGUCCUGUGUCAGAACCGAGGACGGCCUGAAAGAGCUGCACAAGGCAGAGCAGUAUCAAAAGAAGAAUCGGAAGAUGCUUGUGAUUUUAAUAUUAUUUGUCAUCAUUAUCGUCCUCGUUGUUGUCCUCGUCGGCGUGAAGUCUCGCUGAGCGGCCGGGUCUGUGUGCCGCGUGGAUCGGGCGUGCGGGCCGAGCCAGGCAGCGGCGGCGGAGGGGUGCCGCCGGGCCGUCUCGUGGACUCCUGGACGGUGCUCCGGGUCGGGGGUGGACUCUGGCUUCCUUGGCUGGCGGCAGCGGGAGGGCCGUGGCGCUGCCGCAGGCGGAGGUGGAGCCUGUGGGGUCAGCAGCGACCCGUUCUGUUCGCCGAGCAGAGCAGCGGGACGGGUGGCCCUCCUCGGCCGUUUGGUGUCGUCCUGUGUGCUGUCCUUCCUAGCAGACGUGUCUGAGCAGCGUGCUAAAAUAAUUUGGGGGAAAAGAAUUGAAAACCAUUUGGUUUUUAAGGAUUUGGUACCCAAAAUUUAUGGGCAGAGGCAAAAUGCCUCUUCGUCUUUCUCUGUUUAUUCUCCAGUUGAAAACAUGCUGAGAAGUCCUGUGAGAAUUUAUAAUCCGUUCCCAUCACCUUCAUUUCGCUUUUCCAUCACUGGUAAUGAUCAGAGUAACAAAGUGUGAAAAACAAGAAACCAUCGUUGAUGUUAAUUAACACGUUUGGAUGGGCCAGUUCAAGCAGCUCCGUGGGUUUAACUGAGUUGCGAACGGAGCAGCCCUCGGUGGAGAUCCCUGCACUGCGCUCCUACUGCGACCGGAGGGUUGCUGAGCGGGGACGCCUGCGUUUAAAAGUUGGGGAUUUGAACUUACCUGCCACUGAAAGGAAGCUUGGCAGGGCCAUGAAAGUCCCCUGCACUGGCCUGCGUGUCCCCGUGCGUGUCCCCAGCCAUCCUUGCUCAGUCUGUCGCUUACAUACUGUCUACAUGAUGACCUGUCCAGACCGGCCGCCACUUAAUGAACUGUGAGUUUACACAGAGGCCACUCUAGAUGGGCCACCCCAUUUGGGUCUCCAGUUAUUAACCACACAUCACUCCAUUUCAAAGGGGAGUGUUCCACCACAGAUGUGGCUCCUUGGCUCUCCCGUUGCCACUGCACAUGCCCAGGAGGAAGGCGGCCUCCUGCCGGCAGCCCCUGGGCAGUGAGUGCCACGCGGCUCCCGAGCGCGGCUCUGUCCUGUGCUCGUGGCCACCGUGCUGCUCCAGUGCCUCCGGGAACCAUGGUCGCAUGGGGGUGAGGGUGACUUUGAGAAGGGAAGCCGUUCGUGUUUUGUUUGCCCUUGUCUCUUUUUCGAUGGCUUUUCCAUUGUUUUUACCUCUACGUGUUACCUUUUAUUUGGACCAGUCGCUUAAAAUGCUGCUCUACAGUGUGACUUUGAAGUUGUUUCUGGGAAUUUAAACUUGAGUCCAGAGAUUCAGGUGGCCCCAGCCCUCCCUUCCCAAGUUGUUGCCAGCACCAGGGAACCCCUGGGCUUGUUACUGAUGUGGCCGUAGGGUGGCCUCAGGUGUCCCUGGCAUUUCAGGAACUGGCGUCACAUUACUGGGAAGAGACGUCAGGGACUGGGUAGCCAGCCUCACCGUGGUCGUCCCUGAGCUGCGGGGCUUCUGUGGGUGCUGAGAGUAGCUGAGGGGCGUCCUUGCUCGUCCCAGCCAGUCUGACGUCCCUGUGGACCAGCCGCUCCUGGCCUGGGACCACUUGGACCAGGGCCUUCCUCCCGGAUGGCCUGUACCGCUAACGCUGGACCACUUCUUAAAGUGCUGUCUUCAUGACCCUUGAAGGACAGUGACCCUUUAAGAAAGGAUCUCUAUUUAUUCGUAUUUAUUUCCAGGGAAUAAGGUGACUAGGGUUGGUUUUUGUCCCCCAACCCCUAGGGAUAAAUCACAGAUCCGACUGGAAGUGGCUUUAAGGCUCUUGCUGCGGUGGGUAGAGCGUCCAUCCUGACGGAAACCAGGGCAGCACCAGCCCUGGCUGCCCACUGCCCAGCCCACAACCCCGAGCCGCCUCAGAGCCUGCGUCCGCCGGCCUGCUGGGCUCCCACAAACACUGUAUUUUCCUGCUGAGCCUUUACUGGGGGCAGAUCGGGACUGGGGACGGUAAGAGUAAUGCAGUCACAGUGUCCUGGAGCCGCAGGACCAUUCCUUCCUCCCAAAGUGGGCGGCUCCUUUACCUGCUGAAGCUGCUGUCCGUGGGAAGGCCCUGGCCGGGGUGGUGGCUCAGUUAGUCCCUUCGGCCCCCGGGCUCCGCCCAGAGACGAGGGCAGCAGAGACCCUGCUGCUCCGUGACCGGGGGACUCCAUCCGCCUGGUGAGAGGAGACCUCGGAGGGUGUAUGUCAGUUCCCCAGAGCCCCUGCCCUUCCCCCAGAUUGUGACUGAAGCCGACUGUCUCCGGUCUUAUUCAUCGGGGCAGGGUGGAGGGUGGCCUUGCCGUGGCAGGAAGCCGUGUCUGUUUCUAGUGGGUUGGCCACGCCCUGCCUGGUGGGGGAGCUGUUUGUGUGUUGACACUGGUGCUUUCCACGUUCUGUCCGGGCUAAUGGCUUCGUGAAGGCAACAAAACCCUCCCAACCUAAUCCGUCAGAUAAGACUUUUUUCCUGGUGUGCUUAAUGAAAUAAAGCAAUUAGUGAAGCGCUUCUAUCCAACACGCCUGUUCUGUCCUUUUUUAAGACUGAUUCAGUGUUACUGGAAACUUUUUGUACAAUAAAGUAAUGGUGGAGAUGAAACCUCA